AUGGUGGCUUUGAGAACAUCGCUUGCGGCAUUGGUCGGCAUCGCGGUCUUAUCCUCUGCAUCGGCGGUGAAGAGAGAUAUGACGCCAGUUUUUGAGAAGACAAACGUUCCUGGCGCAUUCAUCGUUGAGUUCGCCGACGAUCAAGAUGGCUCUGGAUUUCUCAGUCAGCUCAAGACAGAAACCGGCGUGACCAAGAUCUCCCAGCGCCUCAACCUCCAGUCCAAGAUCUUCAAGGGCGUUUCCAUUCACGUCGAGGGCUCCAACAACGAGACAGCUUCGAAGAUCGCCGGCCUCCCGCAGGUCAAGAAACUCUGGCCCGUCCCCCUGAUCAGCGUCCCAAAGCUCGACAUCACCUGGACCGGCAAAGACAAGACUCCAUCCAAGUACAAACGCCAAAUAAACUCCACAGAUACUUGGCCACCCCACGUCAUGACGCAAGUCGACAAGCUCCGUGCAAACGGCUUCAUCGGAACAGGUCUCAAGAUCGGCAUCGUGGACACAGGCAUCGACUACACCCACUCCGCCCUAGGCGGCUGCUUUGGUCCAGGAUGUCUCGUCGAGUUCGGAUCCGAUAUCGUGGGUGACGCUUAUGACGGCACGAACGCGCCCGUCCCCGAUGCGGAUCCCUUCGAGAACUGUCUCGGCCACGGCACCCACGUCGCAGGUAUCAUUGCUGCGAUGGAGAACCCCAUGGGCUUCACCGGUGCGGCGCCUGGGGUGAAGCUGGGCAUGUACCGGACCUUUGCGUGUAACGGCCAGACGACUGGCGAUGUUCUGCUUGCAGGCGUUAUCAAGGCCUUCGAGGAUGGCAGCGAUAUCAUCACUGGAUCCAUCGGAGGUCCUAAUGGUUGGGCUGGAGAGGCGUUUGCCGUGACUGUCUCGAGGAUCGUGGAUGCCGGCGUUCCUUGCACUUUCGCCGCUGGCAACGAGGUUGGCGGUACAGAAGGCCUGUUCGGAAUCAGCACGCCGAGCACUGGCGACGGGGUGAUGUCCAUAUCAUCCUACCAGAGUCAAGGAGCGGAUAGUGAGGGAAAGGUGUCAGCUUUUACGAGCUGGGGUCCGACCUUCGAGCUCAAGCUUGCGCCGAGUUUUGGGGCUCCCGGUGCCGGUAUCUUGAGCACCUGGCCUAUUGCUCUUGGUGAUUAUGCUGAGGCAUCUGGUACUUCCAUGGCAACUCCUCUAGUUGCCAGUAUCGUAGCUCUUGUAUCUCAGGCACGGGGAACUAGGGAUCCUGACUUGAUCAAGAGGCUGCUUGCCUCAACCGCAAAGCCAAACCUCUCACAGAAUUACGGAGUCGACAACAUCGAAGCCGGCCUCGGCCCUGUGCCACAACAAGGAGCCGGCAUGGUACAGGCCUACGACGCAGCCUACACGACAUCAGUUCUCAGCGUAGCCAGUCUCUCGUUCAAUGACACCGACAACUUCAUCUCCGACACCACGUUCACUAUAAGCAACGUCGGAGACACAGCGGCAACGUACAACGUAUCCCACAUUCCUGCCUUAACCGCCACCACUCUCACGGACAUUUAUCGUCAGAGCUCUCCCGAGCUCUUCACGACGUACGCGACUCUGACCUUUGAGCCAUCCAGCUUUAGCUUGGAACCCAACGCUACCGGUGAAGUUCGCAUCAGCGUGGUUCCUCCCAAGGGUUUGGACGCCGCGACCCUCCCACUGUACUCUGGAUGGGUCGCUCUCAACGGGACCAACGGUGACGGCGAGAUCGCGCUAUCGGUCCCCUACAUCGGCGCAGCUACAUCUAUGAAGAACAUCACAGUCUUGGCUGCAAAUCGCCUCAUUUUCAGUCGCAGCGACGACCCAAGGAGCCCAGAUGUACCCGCAAACACCACAUUCCAGCUUCCCGCUCCGGCUGCGCAUCCCGACUGGGCCUUACCCUUGGCAAACACUUCGGACCUUAUUCUCCCCCUUGGAGCGUUCCCUAACCAGUUCUUGUGGCUGGUCAUGGGAAGCUCCGAGGUUCGUCUCGAGGCCGUGCCAGUCGCGUCUCCAGCGUCUGAGACCAGUUCAGAUGCCAGAGAUAACGGCCUCGGUGUGGUGACCCUUGGAAACGUAGCUGGAUAUCCCAUGACCUAUGUAAGGCCCAUUGGUUGGAUGAGCCCUUGGGAUGGUAGCUUGGCGGAUGGUUCUUGGGCGCCAGCUGGCAGGUAUCAGCUCAGCAUCUUUGCGCUGAAGAUCAUGGCGGAUAGAAGCUUGCCGGAGAGCUGGGAUCGGUAUGAUUCCCCAGAGUUCAUCAUCCGUUACGUAGAUGCAUGA